AUUUCUCCUCCAUUACUGUUUGUACUGUUUUUUCUCUCCGCCUCCCUCUGCUUUUUUCUUCUGUUCCUUACAGUCCAACCCUCUGUUUUUCCCGCCUCUUUGCUGAGCUGUGCGGCUAGAACUCUGAACAAACAAGCAGGCAAACACUCCUAUGUGAGACUGCAGGCGUCUGAGGAAGAAGGGAGGGCUAAGGGCAUAGACAUCUGUCCAAAACUGAAUGGGGUAAUAGAUAUAUGUAUACUUAUAUUCUCCAACAAAGAACAGGAAGCCUCAGGUGGAAUAUGUGAAGCAUGGAGCCCUUGGACCUGGGUAGUGCUGGUGUACUUCAUGAGCAAAACUCCAUUCAUGUCCCGACAACAAAGGCACUGACCAAUCCGUGCCUUCCUUCUUAAAGGAGAGCCCGGGAAGUACAUUCUAUUGAAGAAUCUCCAUUUGAAAGGGACACAGAACAAGAGCACAGCCAUUUAUCUUAACAGUCAUGGAGGCCACUGGUAACAGCCAGGAGGAGGUAUUGACCUCCAGAAAUGAAACAGCAGCAGACAAACCCUCUCUGCUAAACAAUGCUGUCCGAAACCAUUCAAUAGAUACAGUUCGGCAGCUGUUGAAAGAAGGAGCAGAUGUUAAUUCCAAGGUAGAAAGUGGUUGGACACCUCUGCACAGUGCUGUACAGGCUGAUCUGGAAGAGAUCGUUGAUCUUCUGCUGGAGAAGGGUGCUGAUCCGUGUGCUAGGAAGAAAAAUGGUGCCACUCCCUUUGUUGUCGCAGGGAUAGUGGGAAAUGUGAGACUUUUAGAGCUCUUCCUUUCUAAGGGGUCAGAAAUCAAUGAGUAUGAUGACAAUGGUUUCACAGCUUUUAUGGAGGCUGCUGGCUAUGGGAAUGAGGAUGCCUUAAGAUUCUUGUACAAUAAUGGGGCAGAUGUGAAUUUGAGGAGGGUGGUUAAUGAGGAGAAAAGGACACUGAAUAAAGGGGGUGCAACAGCCCUGAUGGAUGCUGCCAGGGAGGGCCACCUCUCAGUUGUAAACAUUCUUGUCAGUGAGAUGAAGGCUGACAUGAACAUCUGUGACAACCAGGACAGGAAUGCUUUAAUCUAUGCCUUCCUUCCAAGUGAUAACAAGACAAGGGAGUCAAUUCUCUCGAUAGUUCAUUUCCUGCUGGAUUGUGGUGUUGAUGUGAACAGAAGAGAUGAACAUGGGAAAACUACCCUCAUCCUGGCAGUCGAGAUGCAAAGUCUGGAUUUGGUGAAAGCUUUAUUGGAGAAGAAUGAAGUUGACAUCAAUGAUGCUGACAGAGAGGGCAAAACAGCACUGAUGGUAGCUGUAGAGAAAAACUAUUACGAAAUAGCAAAGCUACUGUGUGAAAGGGGGGCAAGGACUGACCUUGGGAACCUUAUUGGGAUUGUCAAUAGGAAAUACAAUAAGAAAAUGGCAGAACUUCUUCGCCAGUACGGCGCCAAGGCUGGUCCAAGUCAACCUCAAGAUUGGGAACCCACCAGCAAACGCUGGGGAGAGCAGCUGAAAGUUCUCUACAACAUGUAUCGUCCUGUGAUUGGAAAACUUAAAAUCCUCCAACAUAAUGAUUUCAGGAUUCAGAGAACCUCCCAAGGGGGCAUCUACCUGGGGCUCUAUGACGGGAAAGAGGUGGCUGUGAAGAUAUUCUGCAUUGGCACAGAAAUUGCUAAACAAGAGAAAAUGUGCCUUGAACAAUGUCUGACCUGCAACCAUUUAGUAAAGCUUUUCGGUGCUGAAGAAAAGAAACCCUGCCUGUACUUGUGCCUCUCGCUCUGUGAGAAGAACCUUGAAGAACACCUGAGUGCGUCAGAGAAUCAAGUGAAUUGCAAGGGUGUUCUUAAGACACUCUUUGAGGCAGUUCAAGAACUACACAUGUUUGGAUUUGGCCAUCAGGAUCUACACCCACGUAACAUUUUGAUAGAUGCUGCUGGUAAAGUUCGCUUAGCAGAUUUUGAUAAGAGCAAAAGGUUGAGUGAAGGACAGAAGGAUGAUGUUAUAAUCAAAGAUCUGAAGGCGCUCAGCAGGCUGGUCCUGUAUGUUGUAACAGUGGGUAAGGUUCCCUUUGAGGAAAAUGAUGGAGAUGAUUUGGAUGAAAGUUGUCCAGAGGACGUGCAGGACUAUGUGGAGAUAGCAGACCUUAGGAAAAGUCUGGUCUCCCCUGGUGAAGGAAGCCCAGUUGAGAACCUGCUGAGAGACUUGAUCCAACAUCCCUUUUUCUGGAGCAAGCAGACCAGGUACAGGUUCCUGAGAGACGUUGGGAAUGAGAGCGAUAUCAAAACACGCAACACAAAGCAUCACAACAACAAGAGUGAGAUUCUGAAAGCUUUGAAUUGUGAUGAGCACCCUCUGCAGCAGUGGACUGAGCAGAUUGACAAAUUGGUUCUGGACAGCAUGUUCAACCCCUUCAACAACAACAAGAACCAGAACAAGAACAAGAAGAAACAGUAUGAAAACUAUGUCACAGACCUACUGAAGUUCAUCAGGAACAUGGGCGAGCACUUUGAUGAGAAGGAAGAAAAGGUCAAGGAAAUAAUCAAGGAGCCCUCGGAGUAUUUCCUGAACCUAUUUCCAGAACUGACAGUUUAUGUCUACAAGUGUUUAUGCAGCAUACAGCAUCAUAGACAUUUUCCAAGCCCUGAGAGUCUUUCUCAGGUGUAGCAUGUUCUAUCGCUUCAGGUUAUAUAGCUGAAUCCCAUUGACUAACUUCCUUUUCAGCACCAUUUCAUUCAGUUGCCAAAAAGUGUCAUACAAAGCAGGAAAGGGGCUGGGUGGGCGGAGGAUAUUGGAAUUUCUGUCAGUGGAUCUGGUUUCUGGAUUCAGCACUGAAGCACUCAACGGUAAAGAUGCUAUGUUUGAGUGGGAUCAUGGAGGACAAUUACAGUGAGGAAAGGAAGAACUAAGUGCUAGAUGGGCAAGUGCUGCUGACACCUGACAGUGGCUGGCUUCCAGACCGGACUCCAAGAGGUAGGUGGCGCUGCCACCUGGGGGUGUGGGUGAGAUCUGUAUUUGAAGUUAUGAAUAUUGGCUAUGUACUUGUAUCUCAAUAUGUUUGACUCUAAGUAGCAUUAGUGAAGCAUUUGGUCAGCUUCUUGAGAAAGUAAUUUUCAGAUUAAAUGCCAAGUCAAUCAACACUUUAACAAGAGACCUUGGGAGACUCCAAUCCACUUAUGAGGAGCCUCCCUGGGAACAUUCAAGCUAGCAUGUGAGCAAUGGCUGCUCUACCUUUAAAGAACCUUGCUGCUGUGAUUUUGCACAGUAAGACCAAAGGGGUGUCCUUCCACAUGGCAGAGGAUAGAAAAGGCCCUGGAAACCCCUCCAUUUUGUCUUCAAUCCUGCUUCUCACCACUGGAGGAACUUUGCUAGAAACUGAAGCUCUGAACAAAGAACUGAACGACUCAUCCAAGCUGGAUGCUUGUACUCCAGAGACUUGAUUUGUUUUAAAUCAGCAGUAAUCCCAUCACGCCUGAAACAAGCCUGAACUAAGAACUUUGCAAUUGUUAUAUGUAUCUGAUUCCAUGUAACCAAUUUUAAC